CCUCUGGACUAUAUAAACACAGCACCAGCUCGUCUGUAACCAGCAGUCUGCGCUAAGCACUCGGUAAGAGAUCAUCUAAGAUGCAUUUGAAGCUUCUCCUGAUCGCCCAGCUAUUGGCGAUCGCCAACACCAAGGCUUGGGCUUUCGAGGACAAUCAGACACUGGACGAUGUGCAGCAGCCAGAGACGACAACAACGGCUGAAGAGAGUGCAACACCACUUGCGGCCGAGGGGCUGCAGAAGGCGAAUGAUGGUGAGACCCUGAUCACCAUGGAAACAGCCUUGCCGGACACGACAAAUCCUACAACGACAUUGACAACAGAGACUACCAUUGCCGCUGACAAGGAAGAAAACUUGUCUCCUCCUCUUCCGUAUCAUCCACUGGCUUAUCCACAAGUGGAACCAUACCUACCUCUUCGCCCGUCUUAUAAUCCCCUUGCUUAUCCACAGACACAUCCGUACGGGUAUGGAUUUAUUUAUCCCCAGCCAAAUCUCAGACCUGAGAUAAAGCCCGCCCCAGGGAAGUCCACAGAGACACCCUCCGGCGCAGCUAAUUACCCGGACAACCCAGGCUACCCGUAUCCCAACUUUUCUCCAUAUGGCUUACCUUAUCCACAACCUGGUCGAUUACCUUUUAUCCCAGGCUUCCCACCUGGCAUCGAUUACGGUAAACCCGUCAACUCCGACAAACCCAAGUCAGACGAUUCGGUCGAUUCUGAAAUGAACAAGGAGGAGAAGACAAAGGUCGCUCCACAGGCGCGCAAGCCCACCGCCGAAGCUCCCAACUUUGGCUAUCCCCCGGUAUAUGUGGUAAGACGACCAUUUCUAGCCAGCUAUCCAUAUCCGAGAAACAUUGGAGGCUUUGGUUCGCCCUAUGGCUACGGGCGCUAGUUAGAACUGUUGAUGAAGUGUUGUUUCAUUGAAUUUAUUGAAUCGUGUUUAAUAAAUUAAAAUACAGCAAUUUAUUAUAGUUACCUUAGCAAAGCACUUAUUAUACCCUUGCAUUUGAAUAUUCACAUGAAUCACAUUAUAGAUUCAACAU